AAGAUGAAAAAAAGUACACAGAUCAUUAACAGAGUUCUGAAUGGAUAUACAGAUGCUACUAAUCUAUUUUAUUCCCUUAUAUUCUGACUAGUUUUCUAGAGAAAACUAACUAUAAUAUUAAACCAUUAUACAAAGUCUGAAUCCAUUUUUUAAAUCACUUGUUCUUAAGACACAUGGAAGAGACAAAUCCCCAGAUCAAUAACUUUGAGCAACAAUAACAACAACAAACCUGCCCACCAUAGUCAAGCAAGGAGGAAGUCAAGGGACAUUGGUUGGUUGCUUCUAGGCCCAUCCAAGUUCCCAGGUGAACAGUUUGGGUGGGAAUGACCUACUUGGAGUCCUGGAGUAAACUGAAUGACUUAUAGUCAAUUCAUUUAUCCCACCGUGACCAGAGAGAAUGGUUCAACAAUGAUCACAUGACUCAAAGCAGAACAACCAGGGCCAAAGAGGCCCAAUUCAAAGACUUCAGCUUAAACUGUUGGGAAUUGAGACCUUUCUCUUUCCUUUUUUUUUUUUUUUUUUUUUUUUAAACUAAUUUAUUAUUUAUUUUUGGUUGCAUUGGGUCUUUGUUGCUAUGCGCGGGCUUUCUCUAGUUGCAGCGAGCGGGGGCUACUCUUUGUUGCGGCGCGCGGGCUUCUCAUUGUGGUGGCUUCUCUUGUUGUGCAGCACGGGCUCUAGGUGCACAGGCUUCAGUAGUUGUGGCACAUGGGCUCGGUAGUUGUGGCCCGUGGACUCUAGAGCACAGGCUCAGUAGUUGUGGCGCACAGGCUUAGUUGCUCCGCGGCAUGUGGGAUCUUCCCAGCCCAGGGAUCGAACCCAUGUCCCCUGCAUUGGCAGGUGGAUUCUUAACCACUGUGCCACCAGGGAAGCCCGAGACCUUUUUCUUUCCCGAUGUUUAUAAAUAAGGGACCAUAUAGCUCUGGCAGCGGUUAGCUUAUAUCUUGAGAUAUGAAGGAAGAGCCUGUCUAAAAACUGAAGAAAUGGAGCAGAGAAAUGAAGAGCGAAACCGGGGCCCUGGCCAUUUCAUCUGAGUCCUAGAUAAAGCCCCUCUCCUGGGAUCACAUUUAUCCCUGUACUACUCAGUUAUGUGAGCCAAUAAAUUCCACUUUUUGAUUAAGCUGUAUUAGGUCAUAUGUUGCUUACACUCAAAAGAAUGCUAAUCAAUGUGAGUAGUCAAAAUAAGGACCAUCAGAAAGCCCACAAAUUACAGUACGAGAAUUUCAAGUCAAAACAACCAGUGUUCUAUACUUGAUGACUCAGGUGGUACUAUGAAGUAGGCCAAGAUAAAUAUCCUUUCCUAAGAGUUUUAAAUCUUACUGGGAGAAAAUAAGACAAAACUAUGACAAGUCAAAUGAUUUUAAAAUAAAAGAAAAAUAUUUCAAGGACAAAGAAAUGAGGUAGUAUGUAAUCACUUGUCAAAGAAAUUGCAGAGAAAAAUACUUUUGUUAAGUUCAAAGGAGUGGAGAAAUCAACACAAACUGGGUAACCAGUGAAAACUACAUAAAAGAUGCUGAAGCGGGCAGGAGGAAUUUCAAACUCAACAAGCAGGCCUCAUGGAGAGAGGGAAAGAAGGAGAAACGUAGGUAACUAGAUGCGUUGAGGUAAGAAUCAGCUAGUUUAGCUAGAAUGGAAGAUUCAUGUAGAGAAGUUUUAAGAGAUAAAGAUGGAAAAAUACAGAAUAGCUAAAUUGUGAAUGGACCAGAACUGUUCAACUAAGGGGCUCAGGUUUUCUCCUAGGAGCCUGGCAUUUCUGGGGAUGUUCUGCGGAGCACCAGCAUCAGAAUCAACUGUGGUGCUUGAUAAAAAUGCAGUUUCCUGUCCCAGCCCAGACCUACUAUACACGAAUCUAUGCAGUGGAGCCUGGAAAUUUUCAUUGUUUUGAAACAACCUUCUCAUCUGAUAUUUAUGUGCACAAACAUUUCUGAAUUGCUGCUGUAGGUGUUAGGGAGUUAUUCAACCACAUUUUUUAAAAGAAAGGGGUGUUAUGAUCACAGGAAGUGAUAUAUAUGAAGGAGUCGGGGCUAGUAAAAAAAGAUGUUGUAGUAGUCUAGGUAUGGUUUAAUAAGCAUCUAAAAUACUAGGGUAACGGUGAAAAUAAGUGACAGUGAAGGAAGAAACUGACUCAAAAGUAUGAAGAAAGGACCGACAUGAUCCGAAGUCUGAUUGGGGCUGAAAGAAAGGACUUGAAUUAAAAGGACUUGCUGUAUACCAAGGCUCUGUCAUUACAAAGAAUGUUGCUACCAUGAACAAAAACAGAGAUCAUGAGGGGCAGCCACUUAGGGGGAAAAAUGAAGUCCAUUUUAGACUGAAUAUGAAGUGAUGACAGGACAUUCUAGGGGGGUGUGAGUGUGUGUGUGUGUGUGUGUGUGUGUGUGUGUGUGUGUGUAUACACUAAACCACACAAAAGCAUUUUCUGGCCCUUAUAAUCUAAGUGUGUCAGAUAUUCUCUCCAAAUUAUUGUUGCAGUUCCACACUUUGAGAUGUUGGCUAUAUACAUUACUGUUUCCAUUAUCUGACCAAUACCCCGGGUCUCCAAACUCAUGUUAUCAAAUCAGUCUGUGGUAUACAAAUACAAUUUUUAGAGAAGAUUUUAAUGCUCAAUCUCAGGGAAAAUGCUAUUUUCUCUUCAUUUUAAUGAUACUAACGUAUCAUUCAAGAGCAUACAGCAGGCAUACAUAAUAAAUGUAAGGUCAAAAGGCAUUAAGCAGAAAACCCGCCCUGCCCUGGAGGCGGGGAUUUGUUCUACAAAGCCUCCUGUUAUGCGCGUGGCCAACUAGACAAGUUGGAGUUUUUUUCUUUUUUUCCCCUGUGACACGUGCUUUAGUUGCAGUGGAAAGGAAAUGUGUCAUCUGUGGUUAGUGGAAAGCUAGCUGUACAUAUCCUUUUUUACUGCAGAUUUACUUUUAGGCUCAGAUUCUUCAAGUCUAUUCUGCCUUAAAUUACUUGGAAGCUGUGCUUCAAGACAAGAAAAGAAGUGGCUUAUUAAAAUCAGGUUAUAAUGAGAUUUUGACCAAGCAUUUUGUAAGAUUACCAGUAUACUCAUGGACAUGGAACACACAGGACAUUACCUGCAUCUUGCCUUUCUGAUGACAACAGUUUUUUCUUUGCCUCCUGGAACAAAAGCAAACUAUACCCAUCUGUGGGCUAAUAAUACUAUUGUCUUGGAUCCAGAUAUUCAAAAUAAGAUGGGCAGAAGCCAAAAUGAAAACAUUAACACAAACCCUACAACUCCUGAAGUAGAUAAAAAAGUUAUUUCUACAAAAAUGCCUGAAAUAGCAACAUCAUCUCACAUUGCAUCUUUAACUCCUAAAUCUGAGCUGGAGCUUUAUAUAUCUUCCGUUGUCAGGAACAGUUCUCCAACAGUACAUAGCAUUGAAAACACAAGCAAAAGUCACAGUGAAAUUUUCAAAAAAGGUGUCUGUGAGGAAAACAACAACAAAAUGGCUAUGCUGGUUUGCUUAAUUAUAAUUGUGGUGCUUUUUCUUAUCUGUACAAUUUUAUUUCUAACAACUGUGGUUCUGGCAAACAAAGUCUCAUCUCUCAGACGAUCAAAACAAGUAGGCAAGCGUCAGCCUAGAAGCAAUGGCGAUUUUCUGGCAAGCAGUGGUCUAUGGCCUGCUGAAUCAGACACUUGGAAAAGAGCAAAGCAGCUCACAGGGCCUAACCUAAUGAUGCAAUCUACUGGAGUGCUCACAGCUACAAGGGAAAGAAAAGAUGAAGAAGGAACUGAAAAACUCACCAACUAAUGGAUGCUUUAGUGAAGAAAAAUGCAAAGCAGCAAUGAGAAAGUUUCUGGAGUAAAAAUGAAGUCAGUUUGAUAUUUAAUGCCAAGGUGUUGUUCUGAUGGUCUAAAAUUUAACAUGGCAGGCUGUGCAAUUUAGAAUCAAGCAGGUGAGAAGGGGAGAAGUAUGCCUGCUUACUUCAUUACUUAAACUGUGUCUGACACUAUUUUAAAAGGCAAAAAUAAAACCACCAAGCAUCUGAGAAAGGUUUUAAAGACAAGCUGAAGGAACUAAUAGAGGUAGAAAGGGACAAUUAAAUAUCUCCUGUUCAGCAAUACUAGUUAAAUGAUCUUCGUCCGAAUGUUAUUAAAUUUUGAAGAGUUUUAGUGUGUCGUUAGAGGCAAGUAUAUGCUUUAACAUCUAACAGGAGUCACAUUCUAAAUGCAUAGAGUUGAACUGUAUAGUUACGUGGUACUUUCUUUGCUGAAUGUGACAGAAUCCAUACCAGCUCAUCUAUCAACACAGCUAAUGUUAUGCUAGAUGUUUUCAUCUUUAUAUAUGGCAUACAUAAGAAAGUGGUUUUCUACUAUAAAUAUUUAAUUAAAACUUUAAAUUUUGUAUAAUAAAUUAAGACUUGUUAGAAUAAAAGUGACUA